CAACACGUUUGGCGCUCUGCAGCCUAGCUAUCUUGAGACGGAUGGAUUCGGCUUUAAGCAGAAAGCAAUACUAAAGUAAUGAACUAAAUAAAGAAGAAAAGCAAGAGAAAUGUACUACGGAUAAUACAUAGGAUGAUGUAAUUUCAGGAUUUGUUAUAAUAUAAUUGGACUAAAUUGUUUGGCAAAAAAAUUCCAGUAUCUGUAAGCAAGAAGCCUCUGUUCUAUUCUUCUCCUUCUUCCUCAUCGCCGCCUGUUUUAAGCCGGUGCCAACGUAGGCUUGACAUCGCAAGAAGAAUCGCCUUGACAGCUAACCAUACUGAAAACAGAAUCUUCAUCCAGCCAUCUUCAUUCUUGUCAUCAGUACAGUGUAAUUAUGGGCUUGACUGGAAGAAGAUCAGACAAGGGGCCCAUUUGUUGGAAGAAACGGGUAAAAUCUGAGUACAUGCGACUGAGGCAGUUAAAGCGUUUCAGAAGAGCUGAUGAAGUCAAGAGUAUGUUUAAUUUUAACCGGCAGAAGAUUCUUGAGAGAACUGAUAUUCUUAACCAAGAAUGGAAGCAGAGGAGAAUCCAACCUGUGCACAUAAUGACUUCUGUAAGCUCCUUGCGUGGCACCAGAGAGUGUACAGUGGACAGUGGGUUCUCUGAGUUCUCCAAGCAAGUAAUUCCUUUGAAGACUCUAAAUGCAGUUGCAUCUGUCCCUGUAAUGUAUUCAUGGUCUCCCCUCCAGCAAAAUUUCAUGGUGGAGGAUGAGACAGUGUUGCACAAUAUACCUUACAUGGGAGAUGAAAUUCUUGAUCAGGAUGGAACCUUCAUUGAAGAACUUAUUAAAAAUUAUGAUGGCAAAGUUCAUGGAGACAGAGAGUGUGGUUUUAUAAAUGACGAAAUCUUCGUUGAAUUGGUUAAUGCUCUCAACCAGUAUACCGACAAUGAAGAUGAUGAAGAGGAGGAUGAUGGAGACUAUGACAGUCAAGAAUUUACACUGGAUCGAAUGGACAGUGGUGAUGGAAAAGAAGAUGGCACUAAAGCUAUGAAAGAUCAAGAUCUUCAUAAUGAUGGAAAAGAAAGUGAGCCCUCCAAAAAGUUUCCAUCUGACAAAAUAUUUGAAGCAAUUUCUUCGAUGUUUCCAGACAAGGGAACCGCAGAAGAACUGAAGGAAAAGUUCAAAGAAUUGACAGAACAGCAGCUUCCUGGAGCUCUCCCUCCAGAGUGUACACCCAACAUUGAUGGACCAAAUGCCAAAUCUGUACAGAGGGAGCAAAGCCUGCAUUCAUUCCAUACCUUAUUUUGCAGACGCUGUUUCAAAUAUGACUGCUUCCUUCAUCCUUUUCAUGCAACACCAAACACAUACAAAAGGAAAAAUCUUGAAAAUCUGGUGGACAGUAAACCUUGUGGCCCUGAUUGCUACAUGUAUUUGGUUCAGGAAGGAGCGAGAGAGUUUGCAGCUGCUCUCACAGCUGAAAGAGUAAAAACACCACCCAAACGUUUAUUGGGGCGACGCCGUGGAAGGCAUCCAAAUGGCAGCUGCAGCCGUCCGAGUACCCCUACUGUAAACAUGUGUGAAGCUAAAGACACAGACAGUGACAGGGAAGCUGGAGGAGAUGCUUGCUUAGAAAGUUUGGAUAAAGAUGAUGAAGACAAAAAAGAAGAAACAACAAGCUCUUCUGAGGCAAACUCUCGAUGUCAGACUCCAGUGAAACUGAAAUUAACUGCAGAAUCUAAUGAGAGUAUAGAAUGGAGUGGAGCUGAGGCUUCACUAUUCAGAGUUCUAAUCGGUACUUAUUAUGACAAUUACUGUGCAAUAGCCAAGUUAAUUGGAACAAAAACAUGUCGACAGGUUUAUGAAUUCAGAGUGAAAGAAUCUAGUAUCAUUGCCCGUGCACCCACUGAAGAUGUAGAUACUCCUCCAAGAAAAAAGAAAAGAAAGCACAGGUUGUGGGCAACACACUGCAGGAAGAUUCAGUUGAAGAAAGAUGGCUCAUCAAACCAUGUGUAUAACUAUCAGCCAUGUGACCAUCCUCGACAGCCUUGUGACAGUUCCUGCCCAUGUGUCAUAGCUCAAAAUUUCUGUGAGAAGUUCUGCCAGUGUAGCUCUGAAUGUCAGAACCGUUUUCCUGGAUGCCGAUGUAAAGCUCAGUGCAAUACGAAGCAGUGUCCUUGCUACUUGGCUGUGAGAGAAUGCGACCCAGACCUGUGCUUAACUUGUGGAGCAGCUGAUCACUGGGAUAGUAAAAAUGUGUCUUGCAAAAAUUGCAGCAUUCAGAGAGGGGCUAAAAAACAUUUGCUGCUGGCACCCUCUGAUGUUGCUGGAUGGGGCAUUUUCAUCAAAGAACCAGUGCAGAAGAAUGAAUUCAUUUCUGAAUACUGUGGAGAGAUCAUCUCACAAGAUGAGGCAGACAGGAGGGGAAAAGUGUAUGACAAGUACAUGUGUAGCUUUUUGUUCAACUUGAACAAUGAUUUUGUUGUGGAUGCAACACGAAAGGGUAACAAGAUUCGAUUUGCAAAUCAUUCAGUCAACCCCAACUGCUAUGCAAAAGUUAUGAUGGUUAAUGGAGAUCACAGAAUAGGAAUAUUUGCAAAAAGAGCCAUCCAGACUGGUGAAGAACUGUUCUUUGACUAUAGAUAUAGCCAAGCUGAUGCUCUUAAAUAUGUUGGCAUCGAACGAGAAAUGGAGAUUCCAUGAAUCCUUCUACCUCCUCUUGAACAAUUGCCUUAACCUUUUCAGGAAUUUUUAAUGUAAAGUUGAAUUCAGGAGUGCUAGCUGUAGCCUAUGCUCAUGUGAUUGAGGAACAAAAUGAUGGAAAAAUGAAUUGAAAAAUAAAACAAUACUUGAGUAUUUGCCGUGUAAUUACAAAUGUUUCCUUUACUGGUCAAAAACUUUGUGAAGUGUAAAUAUGCAGAGUACUUUUUUAAUUACUCAAUUUUGUAUUAUUUGAAACUCUCAGUAAAGUUUACUGUGGUCA